UGUAGAAGCAUAGCCCAGGCUUGUCUCCUCGUCGGUUAGUGCAUUUUAUUGCACGACAACUAUUCAGUAGGCUAGUAUUUAGGCUAAACAAAACAACAACAAAAAAACCCCACUCAAUUCUUAACCUGCGGACAACGGCAAAUAGCGCUCUCUUGCCCUCCAGCGGUGCGUGUGCGUGACGUCACAUGAAAACUAUCAAUUGAUUUGCGUCAUCGCAUUUGGAGGCGUGGCAAUUAUCAGCUUGUGGUAUUUAACUACUAUUCAAAGUUUUGAAGAUAUAUUCUCCUACAUAACAGUACCCAAGUGUAAAAUGUCAGUCAUGUUCAAAUCUCUCAGUCGCACCUGUAAGAAGUUGAUGCUGGUGCGAUAUGCCCAGAUAGCAGCUGGCCCCUCUCCUAUCACUGAGCCAAAAAUAAAGACAUUUCAAAUUUACAGAUGGGACCCUGACACACCUGGUGACAAGCCACAAAUGCAAACCUAUGAGAUCGACUUGAACACAUGUGGUCCAAUGGUGCUAGAUGCCCUCAUCAAAAUUAAAAAUGAGAUAGACCCCACGCUCACCUUCAGACGUUCCUGUAGAGAGGGUAUAUGUGGCUCUUGUGCUAUGAAUAUCAACGGAGGCAACACUUUAGCCUGUUUGAACAAAAUAGAUACAAAUAUCAGCAAAGUAACAAAGAUAUACCCACUGCCUCAUAUGUAUGUUGUAAAAGAUCUCGUCCCUGAUAUGAACAACUUUUAUGCACAGUACAAGUCCAUUGAGCCUUAUCUUAAGAAGAAAGAUGAGUCAAAACAGGGAAAGCAACAAUACCGCCAAACAAUUGAGGACCGUCAAAAGCUGGAUGGACUGUAUGAAUGUAUUCUGUGUGCAUGCUGCAGCACUAGUUGUCCUAGUUACUGGUGGAAUGGAGACAAGUACCUCGGCCCAGCUGUGCUUAUGCAGGCCUAUAGGUGGAUGAUUGACUCUCGGGAUGACUUUACGGAAGAGCGUCUCUCCAGAUUACAGGACCCUUUCUCCCUUUACCGCUGUCAUACAAUAUUGAAUUGUACGAAGACAUGCCCCAAGGGACUUAAUCCUGGAAAAGCCAUAGCAGAAAUUAAGAAAAUGAUGGCAGUUUAUAAAGAAAAUAGAUCUCUUAGCUAACUUGAAAAUAUAGAAAUUACACUGGUUUAGAGUUUAUUGUGUUUUAAUUAUUGUAUAUUACUCAACAAAUAUACAUUUUGAACGUAUGUUGUCUGAUAGAUAAAAAUAUGUUUAUUUUAAACAGCAGAAACAGCCUUCAUUUGCAUGUGCACAACAAAAGUAGAUCUGGAAACAUCUGCACAACAUUUAUGAUGAAUUAAUAAAUUAAUAAAAGAA